AUGCCUCCCCUCUACAUACUACUCGGGCUUCUCCUCUUGUACACUCCUCUUUGGUGCUUCUCUGCAGCUGCAUAUGAAGACUCUCUCACGGCAGGCCAAGCGCUCGCCGUCGGUGGCAAGCUCGUCUCAAGAAACGGCAAGUUCGCCCUCGGCUUCUUCCAGUCAGCAGCAAGCAACAUCGGUAGUGCUGGUGGAAUUAUAGCCUUCAGAUACACUGACUUAGUUAGUGCCACUAAAAACUUCUCAGAAAAGCUUGGAGGUGGUGGUUUUGGUUCUGUAUACAAGGGAAUGUUAAGUGACUCGACGAUUACUAUAGCAGUGAAAAAGCUUGAUGGUGACCGUCAAGGAGAGAAGCAAUUCAGGGCCGAGGUGAGCUCAAUUGGAUUGAUCCAGCACAUAAACCUAGUCAAAUUGAUUGGUUUCUGCUGCGAAGGCAACCAAAGAUUACUUGUGUAUGAACACAUGUUUAAUGGGUCUCUUGAUCGUCAUCUGUUUAAGAAGAGCAAUGUUGAUGCUGCCGUCCUAAGUUGGAACACCAGGUAUCAGAUAACCCUAGGAGUUGCUAGAGGAUUAUCAUACUUGCAUCAGAGUUGUCGUGAGUGCAUCAUACACUGCGAUAUUAAGCCGGAGAACAUACUUCUGGAUGCAUCAUUUGUUCCUAAAGUUGCAGACUUUGGGCUGGCAGCAUUUGUGGGAAGGGAUUUCAGCAGAAUUCUGACUUCAUUCAGAGGAACUGCAGGUUAUCUUGCCCCAGAGUGGCUUACCGGAGUGGCAAUCACACCGAAAGUUGACGUUUACGGCUUCGGCAUGGUUCUGUUGGAAGUCAUAUCUGGAAGGAGGAAUUCCUCGCCUGAAGAAUCAUACAACACUAGCAGCAGCAGUAACCAGAAUGUUAUAUAUUUCCCUGUUCAAGCCAUCAGCAAGCUUCACGGCGGAGAUUUGAAGAGUUUGGUGGAUCCACAGUUACAUGGUGACUUCAACUUGGAAGAGGCUGAAAGGGUUUGCAAAGUUGCAGGUUGGUGCAUCCAAGAUAAUGAGUUGGAUCGGCGGACAAUGGGUGAAGUGGUCCGGGUUCUCGAGGGUCAACAGGAGAUUGAUGUGCCCCCAAUGCCAAGAUUGCUUGCAGCUGUAACGGAACAAUCUGGUGCUCCAACUUUAAUGUAA